AUGGCCGACGCGUCCCUCUCGCCGGCGCCGCGCGCCGCCGGCUCGGCCGCCGCCGCCACGUCGGCCGCCGACGCCGAGCGCCUCUGGGCGCUGCACGACUUCGACGCCGAGAACCCGGACGAAGUCUCCUUCCGUGCCGGCGAGCCGGUCAUCGUCGUCGAGCGCGACGACGCGUACGGCGACGGCUGGUGGCAGGGCACAAACGUCAACGGCGAGACGGGCCUCUUUCCCUUCAGCUACACGACCUUCGACCGCGCGCUGGCCGAGCAGGCCGUCGCCGAGGCGGCGGCUGGCGCCAGCCCGGCGGGCACGCCUGGCCUGAUGGGCAACACGAUGGCCGACAUCGACGCCGCGCUGGCCGACGUGUCGGAUGCUAACGGCGCACAGACGGCACGUACAGCCGCUGGCGGUACGCCGCGCCGCGCGCCCAGCUUCAAGAGCGAGCGCAGCGCCGACAUCAGCGUCGGCGAGACCGACGAGAACGGGGACGUCGAGGCGGACCUCGCGUCGCGCGCCGCUGCUCGUGCUGCGCUCGCCGUCAACGCACAAAAGGCUGCAGACGCAGCCAGCGCCGGCCAGAAGGCCGAGGACGAGCGCCGGCGCAGCGAGGCGGCGCGCGUCUUUGCCGAAGAGGAGGAGCGCCAGCGCCUCAUGCUGCUGGCCAAGGAGGCCGAGCGCAAGCGCGAGCUCGAGCAGGGCACGCUCAAGGAGACGCCCAAGGAGGAGAAGAUCGCGCCGAUCGAGGGCGUCGAGAUGAGCGACGAGUCCGACUCGGAAGGCUCAGAGGCUGCAGGCCCGACUGCGACGCAUGCGCCGCUGUUCGGCUCGCUUGCGCCCAAGCAGCCCGACGCCCUCGACCCGCCGCGCUCGCUGUCGCCCAUUCCCAGCGCGUCAGGACACAGCCACACCGGCAUGGGCAGCGCCGCUGCGCUCGCAGCAGGUGCAGCCAUUGCCGGUGGUGCCGCAGCCACGAUGAACCGCAGCCGACAGAACUCGGCCAACGGCGUGCAGAACCGCAGCUACGACGACGAGGCGAGCAUUGUGAGCACGCAGCCACGCACGAGCGGCAUGACCGACCCGACGGCGCCCGGCACGGCUGCCACGAGCCUGGCUGGCGGCGCCGAGACGCCCAAGAGCGCAUUCAUGCCGCAGGCCGCCAGCUCUGCCGGCCUUGUGCCCUCGUCGCCCGCGCCGAGCAACCUCUCGGGCUCGCAGCGCGUCGGCCCUGGCGGCGACCCGCACGAGUGGAGCGUGGAGGAAGUCGUGGCGUGGGGCCGCGCAAAGGGCUGGGACGAGGGCGCCGUCGUCUCGAAGUUCGCGGAGCACGAGAUCUCUGGCGAUGUGCUCAUGGAGAUGGACGUCAACAUCCUCAAGGAGAUCGACAUCACCGCCUUCGGCAAGCGCUUCCAGGUCGCCAACGCGAUCAAGGACCUCAAGCGAAGCCUCGGCGGCGAGAGCGCCGUGUCGCCCGCGCUUGCUCCGCUGCCCGUCACGCCCGUCUCGGCCUCGCUGCGCCCGAGCAGCCCGGCGCCCAGCACCGGCAACAUGGGCCCGCCGAGCGUGUCGGGCGGAGUCUACGGCGCUGGCGCUGGCAUGCUCGGUGCCUCCUCGAUGGCGCGCGUCAACAGCUACGGCACGCAUGAGGACGCGCCUCGCACCGAGUCCGAGGUGCUCGCCGGACGCGCCGUCUCGGGCACGUCGGCUCGCUCGGCGGCCAGCUUCGAGACCAACGGCGCCUGGCCGCCCACGUCUGCCAGCGAUGGCUUUGGCGGACUUGGCGCCGGGCCGGCCGCCGCAUCCAGCGGUGCCGCACUGGCGGACCUCGACACGCCCAUCACCUCGCCGCAGCUCGUCAGCGACAAGAAGCUGCGCAAGGACGGCCCCGCUCCUGCCGCCUCUUCGCCGCGCAAGCGCGAGUCGGGCGGCAGUGCCGGCGCCGGCGACCGGACAAGCUUCUUCGGCGGCUUUGCUGAGCGCCGCGCGCGCAAGCCGGCACCGAAGGUCGCCAGCAGCUCGCUCAGUCCUGGUGACGAGCCGAGCAGCAAGGGCACCCUUGGCCGCCUGGGUCUCGGCCGGCUGCGCGAGCGCAGCUCGCAGGCGUCGGACCCGCAGCCGGCCGACGCGCUCAAGGGUAAGAUCAGCCUGCCGACGAGCAGCCCGACGUACGACUCGAUGGGCGACACGGCGCGCCGCAACCGGGCCUCUGGCGGCUCGAACGGCGGAGGCUUCGGCGGCGGCCAGGGCGGCUUCGGCAUGGGCCACUCGAAGCAGGCCAGCGUCGGCAGUGCUGGCCCGGCGGCGGGAGAGUGGCACGGGCCCAAGUCUGGCGACCUGCGCUCGCCCGGUGCCGCUCCGACCGAGGGCCCGGUGAUGGCGCGCAUCCGGCCCGUCGACCUCGAGGGCUGGAUGAAGAAGAAGGGCGAGCGCUACAACUCGUGGAAGCCGCGCUACCUCGCGCUCAAGGGCUCGGACCUCGUGCUGCUGCGCGACCCCACGGCGCCCAAGAUCAAGGGCUACGUGAGCAUGAAGGGCUACAAGGUCAUCGCCGACGAAAACACAAACCCGGGCAAGUACGGCUUCAAGAUCCUGCACGAGACCGAGAAGCCGCACUACUUCUCCAGCGACGACCCGGCCAUGGUGCGCGCAUGGAUGAAGGCGCUGAUGAAGUCGACGAUCGGGCGCGACACGACGCUGCCCGUCAUCUCGUCGUACAACAACGCCACCAUCUCGCUCAAGGAGGCGCAGCGCAUGAACCCGCCGCCGCGGCCGCCAAGCCCCACGAGCCGGGCCCGGGCGCAGCGCGCGACCGCACGCGCCAACAAGGACCAGCUGACGGCCAAGGACGCGAGCGUGCUGAUGGGCCUCGGACAGCCGGCAAACCUGCGGCAAGGUCCAUAG